AUGACCGCAGUAGCCAGUCCUCCGACCUUUCCUCAAAUUUCUCGGCCAGCAUGGGGGACUAUUAGCGGUAGCAGCCCGAUGGACCCCGACGAAGUGAGAGGCAUGUUCGCACCGCGGAAGUCUCUCUCGAGAUCCAACUCUGCUUCAUCGCUAUCCUCCAACUCAUCAAACACCUCUGUUGCCACAAAUGGUUCGCAGUCGAACGGCACUUCGCUAUCAUCUACUUCUGAUUUGAGCCAGUGGUCUGCAACAGCCGGGCCUCGAAAACGACCUCAACCAAAGGUACCUUGGCCACCUUCCAAGCCCGAAGUACAACCCGAGUACGCCAGACUGCCCGCGAACCGCCCCAACGUCAUGGCAGCUCCUCACAAUGGACUGCAACCGGGACAGGGCCCAAACUCAGUCAUGCAGCAGCAACAAAUAAUGCGUGGCCCCAUGGGUGGCGAGCAGUUCCCUCCAGGCCAACCAGUCCUGUACCUGCUAUCGCUCAAUGGCACAUUUGAAAGGAAGACUAUUGCUGUCCCCUUUGCACCUGAUAGCUUGAGAAUUGGCAGACAAACGAACCAAAAGACCAUUCCCACCGCGACCAACGGCUUUUUCGAUAGCAAAGUAUUAUCGAGGCAACACGCCGAAAUAUAUGCGGAGCGGAAUGGAAAGAUAUACAUUCGAGACGUCAAGUCCUCAAACGGAACCUUUGUCAACGGAACACGACUUUCACAGGAGAAUCGCGAGUCAGAACCUCAUGAGUUGCAAACAGCAGACCAUCUGGAACUAGGCAUCGACAUCGUGAGCGAGGAUCAAAAGACGGUAGUACAUCACAAAGUCGCCGCAAAAGUCGAGCAUGCAGGGUUCUUGAGCAACACUAACAAUGUUCUGGAUAUGAACUUUGGUGAUUUGGAUCCGGCCAAUGGGACAAUGAUGAUUCCUAAUGGGCCUCUUCAGAUGCGCGGCCGGGCAAAUGGUAACAUGGCAAUGAAUAACAACGGUGGCCGAAUGAUGAACAACGGCGGCAUGAACGGCCAAGCAAACGGGAUGCCGCAGCAACGUUCUUUCUUUUUGGCACCAAUUGCCACAGAUCAAAUACUGAAGCGACUGACAUCGGAAAUGAGAAACGCGCGGUUACAAGCCCAGGACCUAGGACGCACCAACCAGUUCGUCAAUACUUUGCUCACCAAAGAGGAUGUCAAGGACCUAGAGAAACCCGAAGUGCCCGAACCGGCCAAGCAGCAGCAGCCACAGCCCUCCAUGAAUGGCGGCAUUCCCUUCCGGCCUGACCCCAAAACGCGAUUCUCAGAACCACCUGCCCCUCCACCACAACAACCACUACCUGAGAAGCCAGAUGUCCCGUCGUUAAAACGCGGCCCAACUGAGAGACCAAAGUCAGGCCCGCCAAACUCAGCAGCAGUGCGACAGGAGAAUUUGAAUCAGAUUAUACAGCUUACAGAGGCGUUGAACAAUGCGAAGCGAGACAUUGAUACUCAGACAGCGAGAAUGCGAGAGCUAGAAGAGAUGCUUCAAAAGGAACGAGAGGCUCGUGAACUUGCGGAAGACCUUGCUAAGCGGCUAGAAGCAUCAGCGAGUCUGCAAAUGAACGGAUCUAUUAAAGCCCCCACUGAUGUGAGGAUGGCGGACAUGGCCGAGCCAACCCAAGAACAGGAAGUCAAGGAACUUGUUGAAGUUCUACCUGUUGCCGAAGAAGAGGAGCCACAGAAGGAGGAUACCGCCGCAAAGGAGGUAGCGGCUUCUUUGCAAUCUCGGAUUGAUAAUAUGGAUGAGCAGAUGAAAGACUUGCGAGAGCAACUCCAACAAUGGAAGCACCGCUGUGAGUCGGCAGAGUCUGAGAGGGACGAGAGCAGAAAGUCACUCGCCGAAAUGGUCGUCCAACUUCGUGCAGAAGAAGCCAAACGAGUCGCUGCCGAAGAGAGACGCCGAUCGAGAUCACGCCGAAGGGCUACUGAGUCGAAGGCAGAAGUGGCAGAGCCAGAAGCCCCAGUGCCCGCCAGGUCAAACUCGGAUGGUUCCAGCAAGGCGCCUGCCAACACCCAUCCGCCAAAUAUUGACUUGGACGAUGGCCCGACCCUGUCAAGAGCAAAUACGAUCACGCCGCUAUCAUCGCAAAGAGGACUAGUAUCACGGGAACAAUCAUUGCAGGCAGGGUUGCCAUACGCAUCCAUGAUAGGCGUGGUUCUGAUCGGGAUGGGACUCAUGGCAUAUAUAAAUGGCUGGCAGUCACCGCCCCCUAGGAUAGAGAGAUGA